GUCGGCAUCACCCAUUAUUGUUCGACACUGCAUGCCGUGCCUUCGCGCACCCAACUGCCGUCCGGCGAGCGAAUGCGCUCAGGGCAGCCGUUCAUAAGUCGUUCAUUUGUGUACCUGGCCGCACCCAUGGCCGCACGCAAGGCCGCCCGCAGCCCACACAGGACAACGGUUCCCUACGCAGUUUCAAUAUAUCCUAGUAGGAGAAUUAAUUUUGAAACAAGUCGCCUCGCCGCAGCGCUGCGGCACGGCUGGGCCAGGCUGACUGCCAUUCGCCUUCGCUUCCUCUUGCUACACACAUCCAUCCGUCGUGGGGUACUCUAUGCCCUCCCAGUUGGAUGCGCAAGUAGACGCACCUCUCCCCAAGGGACCAAGCAAGCCCGCCUAUCCUGCCUUGAAAUCCUCCUUCAAACUCAGGAAUCCAACUCGUUCAUCCAUCCACUCCAGCCAUCAUGGUUGUCGUUAUGCAUGCCGAUUCUUUCUACAUCAGACAAUGGCCGGGUGCCCGUCCUUCGAAGGAUUCGCCCGGGCGUCGGCGGUUGCAGGCCAUAGUCUGGACACAGGUACGCACAGAAGAAGUUGAGCUUGAACCGCGGGCCUAGGGAGCCAAUCAGGACUCGCGCCCUUGUCGAGCGAGCCGGUUUGUUCUUCGCAUCGUCCGCUCGCCUUGCAUCUAUCGUUUGAGUGACGCACCACCUGCCUAGUACCGAUAGUCCUACUCGCCGACGACUACGUCCGCCAUUUACGCCUCUCUUGCGAUAACGAUGCGGAUGAGCGACACACGAACGAACCAUCAUUAACACUAGGUG